UUGUACUGAACCUUCUCUCCAAGGAAACCAAACCGCCAGAGAUCUGUAUUGGAACAAAUCUGUACGAUUUGCUGUCUCACUGAAGUGAUUUGUACAUUUGUAUUGUCAGUUAUCGAAGGAUUAUCUUCUUCUGGCUGAUUGAUAUAGUUUCCUAUUGCUCUAUUUCUUGUUCUGGUGUCGGAUAACCGAACAAAGACUCGUUAAUAAGGCCCGCAUCACCUACGUGUUUUCAAAAGGAGAAGGGAUUGUAACAAAUGUCCUCCGUCACUCCUGAAAUCAACAGCGCUCUCCUUGAGCUAUUGCAAGGGCUGUCGUCAGCUGAUAACAACACGCGUGUUGCAGCUGAAACCCACUUGAACAGUGUGUGGUCAGGCAAGGAUCGUGUUGACGUUCUGUUGUUAUUCCUGUCACAACAAGCGGCAUCAGGCGCUAACGAUGCAUUGAAGUCGUUUGCUGCUGUUCUCUUUAGAAGAAUUGCCAUUAGAUCCCCUCCAAAGAUGAAGAGUGUUAUGGAGAGAACGAUCUCGAUCGUCAACGAAGAAACCUUGGCUGGAAUUAGAAACAACUUUCUCCAGGGGUUCAUCUCACAACAGUCCAACAAUGUCAGACAUAAACUCGCAGAUGUUAUAGCUGAGCUCGCUAAGGAUGAUGUCCCGGGAUCUUGGGAUCAACUACUUCCAACUCUCUUCGAGGCUGUUAAGAACCCAGACGCCAGCUUCAGAGAAUCCGCCUUCAGAAUCUUUGCUGCCAACCCUGGGCUAUUGCCACAGUCCCAUAUGGAUCAGAUACUUCCAGUGUACCAAGCAGGCUUUGAAGACUCUGAAGAUGACAUCAGAAUUGCUGCUUGCUCUGCAUUUGUGAGCUUUUUCCAGUGUCUGCCAAAGAAGACGUGGCCAUUGGUUCAACCUUUGUUACCAAGUUUGAUGAACAGUUUACCUCGUUUCCUAGAAAAUGGUAAGGACGUGGCCUUGGCUUCUGUAUUGGAGUCUCUUAUUGAUCUGGUUGACACUGCUUCCAAGUUGUUUAAGGAUAUGUUCCCAACAAUCAUUGAAUUUUGUUCAGCUGUCGCCAAUAACCAAUCUAUUGACUCAGGUGCUAGAUUGUCAGCUUUGGAGCUCUUGACUGCAUUUUCUGAAUCUUCACCAAAGAUGUGUAAGGCUAACCCUGCUUAUUCCCAGGCCAUUGUUUACAUCACUUUACACAUGAUGACUGAGGUCUGUGACGGUGACGACGACGCUGCUGAAUGGAACAAUGCGGAUAAUACUGAAGAUGACGAAGAAGAAGUUGAAUACGAUUCAGCUCGUCAGGCUUUGGAUCGUGUUGCCUUGAAGCUCGGUGGUGAAUACCUCGCUGGACCAUUGUUCCAGAUGAUCACUCAGAUGAUGGCCUCCAAUGACUGGAGACAACGCCAAGCCGCUUUGAUGGCACUCUCAUCUGCUGCUGAAGGUUGUUGUGAUGUUCUCAUUGGUGAAAUACCACGUAUCUUGGAUCUUGUUAUUCCUGGAUUAAAUGAUCCACACCCAAGAGUCCAGUACGCCACAUGUAAUGCACUUGGUCAAAUCUCUACUGACUUUGCCGACACCAUUCAAAGACAAGCUGGGGAUCGUAUCAUUCCUGCUUUGGUUUCUAAGCUCACAAAUCAAUCCGUUCCAAGAGUUCAAGCUCAUGCUGCUGCUGCGCUUGUCAACUUCUCAGAAAAUGCCACCAAGGAAACUCUUGAACCAUACUUAGAUGACCUUUUGUCCAACUUGUUGACCUUACUCCAAAGUCCAAAACGUUAUGUCCAAGAGCAAGUUCUGACGACCAUUGCCAUAGUUGCUGAUGCUGCACAGAAGACAUUUAUUAAAUACUAUGAUACAUUGAUGCCACUUUUGAUCAAUGUCUUGAAGACUGAUAUGGGUGAUGAACAAAGAUUGCUUAAGGCAAAAUGUAUCGAGUGUUCAACUUUGAUUGCACUGGCAGUGGGUAAGGAAAAGUUUGCUCCGCAUAGUCAAGAACUAAUUCACUUAUUUGCGGCUAUCCAACAAGGUGAGAUGCAAGAUGAUGAUCCUGUGAAGCCAUACUUGGAACAAGGUUGGGGUCGUAUUGCACGUAUUAUUGGCUCUGAUUUCUUGCCAUACUUACCAAGUGUCUUACCACCUUUAAUUGAAGCUGCAAAAGCUGCUCAAAAUAUCAGUUUGUUAGAGGAAGAAGAAGCUGAGGAGUUCAAUCAAAACGAGGACUGGGAUGUUAUUCAACUCUCAGGUAAGCACAUUGCGGUGCACACUGCUCUAUUGGACGAUAAGGCUGCAGCUAUUGAUCUUAUUGCCGGUUAUGCUGACAUUUUGAAGGGUGACUUUUAUCAGUACACAAGAGAGAUUACUUUGGAAAUUGUCUUACCAGCUCUGGACUUUUACCUGCAUGAUGAAGUUCGUAGAUCUGCUGCCAACGCACUUCCUCCACUUUUAUUAACAGCCAAGGCCGCAACUGGAGCUAAGUCCACACAGACAUUGGAAUUGUGGCAAUUGAUCUCUGAUAAACUCAUCAAGAUCAUCGGUACAGAACCAGCCAUUGACCUGUUGUUUUCUUACUUUAAUGCUUUAUCAGACUGUAUCCAAAUCAUUGGAGAUCAGUCACUCUCCCAAGAGCAAAUGUUGGCCUUUGCAAAGAACGUUAACACUGUUUUGAAGGAGAUGUACGACCGUAUCAAGGACCGUGAAGGCGAAGAAGAUGAAUAUAAUGAAGAAAUUGACGAGGAUGAUGAGUACACUGAUGAAGAGUUGAGUGACGAGAUCAACAAGGUCAUUAGUACUGUGUUCAGCUCCAACAAACUUGCAUUCCUUGAGCCAUUCCAGGUUCUUGUCCCUACAGUUGCCAGUUUCAUCAACGACAGUAACGUCAUUUGCAAACUAUUUGGCCUGUGCGUUGCAUCUGACUUGGUUGAAUACACCGGUGAGGCAUCUGUUCCAUUCCGUGAUCUAUUCCUUGGUGCUGUUGCAGAAUCCUUGGGUCAUCCAGAUGCCCGUAUCCGUCAAGCUGCAUCGUAUAUCGUUGGUGUUGCAGCACAACACGCUUCGAACAGCUACGCAGACCUCACAUUAGGUGCAUUGGAAUCACUAUUCAAGAUUACCCAAAUUCCAGACGCCAGAUCUGAUGAUAACGCUGGUGCCACUGAGAAUGCCUCAUGCGCAAUCUCUAAAGUUCUCCAUGCAUACGGUGACCGUGUUCCAAAUUUCAACGCAGUUGUUGAGAGUUGGAUUAAGACUUUACCAAUUGUGAAGGAUACCGAAGCUGCACCAUACGCGUACAGAUUCCUUGCACAAUUGAUUGACUCAUCGCACCCAUCUAUUCAAAACAAUAUCCAAGGUGUGGUGGAUAGUGUUAUCCAGGCACUUGUCUUUAGCUCCAUCGCCGGUCAAACAGCAGAGGUUGUUGUUGGCUCUGUCAAGAAACUUCUUGGUCAACUCCCACAGUCAGAUGCAAUGGCUCUACUACAAAGUUACCCACAAGAUACUCAAGCUGUGAUCCAGAAGUGGUUCUCAUAAGUGAAGAUACAUAAAUGAAUACAUUGUAAAUUACUUUCUCUCUUGGAAAGUUGAGAGGUCUAA